CUACUGUAUCGAGAAGAAGAAAACGAAACGCUCAAGCGCAGAAAGUUUGCAUAUGUAGCUUACUAACCCGCUCACUAGCUUUAACUUAAAAAAAAUGUGAUAGUUAACACACAGUUUAGUCCAAAAAGCAUGGAGGGAUACAACACAACUGUUCGUAUGUCGGGUUUCGUAUUGAGUUCGAUGAUGUUUCAUCAUUUGAAUAGUGAUGCGGAUGUGGAAGGUCUUGUUCUUGGAGAAAGUGUCGGAGAGGAGAACUGUAGAAUCACAGAUUCACAGAUUGAUCAAAUACAGGUUGAGCACACUAUAAACAUUCAAAAACACGUCCCUUGUCGUAAACUUCACAGUUUCUACAGUAAUGUUGGCGCUGUGAGCGAGGAGAAAAUACGACACAUACUGUCUGAUUACAAAGAGGAGAAUGUAAUUGGUUGGUACAGAGAAAGAAGAAACACCAGUCAGCAAAUGAGCUUCAUGGAACGAGUGAUUCAUCAGAACAUGAGAAAAAUUCUGUCCAAUCAGGAACUUGUUUUCUUAUUGCUCACACCUUCUCAGGCAACAUCAUCAGGGUCCACCCAUCGCCUUGAGUUCUCAGCUUUCAUAUGGCACAGCAGCCAGUUUCUAAAUAUCCCCGUCUCGGUAAGCAAUCUGGGAAACCUUGAACAACAGGACUACUGGAGUGUGUCAACUGUUUGUCCAUCUUUAGGACAGAGCCAAGCGGUUAAUCAACACAGGAGCAAUUUUUUCUACUCAGGGGAUGAUUUAAAAGAGGUCAGAAAUGUCAGUGACAUGAAUGAUGCCUUAUUGGCUGAAAUGCAGAAAAUGUGCACGGACGUGGAGAAGAGUGAAAGAGCAGUGGAGAAGCUUCAGAAAGACAUCAGUCAACUCAAUGAGGAUCUCAGAAAACAAAAACAUUCAGAGAAUAAUGAAAGCCAAAAAUGUGCCUCUCCAGAUGAACCCAAAGAGAACGUUCUUCUGUGCUCAGCUCUGAGAACGCUUUUCCCUGAUGCACCCUCAUUACGGACACAAACUCUUACUGUUCAGGGCUUUCCUGUAUUGAAAAGGUGCUGCAAUACAGACCAUAAUGUUGAUAUUCCCACCAAACUGCUAGUUCUAAAAACUAUGAAUGUGGAUCAGGCCCCCAGACUCAGGAAAAAAUCCCUUGUGACUGGUUUUUCUGAGAGACUUAAAAGGAAGAGGAACACCAAUGAUGCAGCCUCUGAGAGUGGCUCAGAUACAGAGAUUGAGAUGAAUGGAGAGAGCAGAAGUAAUUCUCCUACCUUUUAAAGAAUGACUUUUUAAUUGAAAAAUCUACCUGUGAUUGGAAGGCAUUACAGAUUUUAUACAUGGGGAUUUGCCUUUAUCUUUUCAUACCUACUGAGUGUGGGUUCUGCUAUUUUGUUAAAAUAUUUUUAGAUUUUUUUUUAUAAAAAAAUAAUAAUUUACCACAAAAUUAAAAGUAAUAUGAAUGAA